ACAGCUGAAAGUGCUAAACAGUAAAAUCAGUCAUAAAAACAAAAACAUGUUGAGCUAAGUUAGCUAUAAAAUCUAAUCAUCAGCUGAACAGAAGAGUUUAUUGACUUUUCUUUCUUCUCGUGUGUUUGUUGGUUCCUCGUUUUCUACUGAAACCAUAAAAUCCGUCAAAUGCUACUUCUAACUGAGCUAAUUCAGGCUAAGGUUAGCUGUGGGGUCAUGUGACGUCUCAAGCUGACAGCUGGAGGCGGGACUUCCGGUGUUCAAACCAGGAAGCUGUCGUGUAACUUCUGCUGCUCCUCCACCCCUCCCGUUCCUCCUCCUCCUCCUCCUCCUCCUCCUCCUCCGCCGCCUCCGGGCUCCACAGGCAGCGGGAGCUCUCAGGACUUCAGCCGCUCGAAGUUGCUUCCCUCCCGGGGAAACGCUCCGGUAACUUUCCCGGCCCGUCAGCGGAGGAGCAGCCGCAUGAGACGCACCGCUGUCGGAGGCAGGUGUGUUUCUGGGCUGGACGUUCCGGGAUGUGUCAGGUCCUUGGCGCUCCCCGGCGUUGGCGAUCCGGCCCGUCCCGUCUCUCGUUGCCGUGGUCUGUAAGGCGUGUCGUGGCCCCGCCCCCUUCCCGCGUCCGGCGCCAUGCUGCGGAAGAAGGGCUCCCUCGUCCUGUGCGGCGCGUUCCUCUUCAUCACCUGGAACGCCGUGCUGGUGCUGCUGCUGCGGGGGCGGCCGUCGCCGGGGGCGGAGCAGAGGGGCGUGGCCGAGGGCCCGGCGGGCGACGUGGUGGCGGACGUGCUGCGCAUGGCGGACGCCUUCGAGGCGGAGCUGGGGCGGCAGAAGGAGAUCCUGCUGCAGAUUAAGAGCCGCCGCUCACCGCUCGACCCGUCCGGCGGGGGCGGGGCGGGGGGCGGGGCCGAGGCAGCCUUCGCACCCCGCCCGCCCGUCAUCCCCAUCCUGGUGAUCGCCUGCAACCGGGUGACGGUGCGGCGCUGCCUGGACAAGCUGCUGCGGCUCCGCCCCUCGGAGGAGCUCCACCCUAUUGUGGUGAGCCAGGACUGCGGCCACGCCGAGACCGCCGAGGUCAUCCGCUCCUACGGUGGCGCCGUGACGCACCUGCGGCAGCCCGACCUGUCCGACGUCGCCGUGGCGCCGCAGCACCGCAAGUUCCAGGGCUACUACAAGAUCUCCAGGCACUACCGCUGGGCGCUAAACCAGGUGUUCCGGACCCUGGGCCACGCCGCCGCCGUCAUCGUGGAGGACGACCUGGAGGUGGCGCCGGACUUCUUCGAGUACUUUCGGGCGCUGCUGCCGGUGCUGCAGUCGGACCGCAGCCUGUGGUGCGUGUCGGCCUGGAACGACAACGGGCGAGACGGGCUGGUGGACCCGGGCCGGCCGGACCUGCUGUACCGGACCGACUUCUUCCCGGGUCUGGGCUGGAUGCUGCUCCGGGAGCUGUGGGAGGAGCUGGAACCCAAGUGGCCCGCCGCCUUCUGGGACGACUGGAUGCGGCAGCCGGAGCAGAGGCGCGAACGCGCCUGCGUCCGGCCGGAGAUCUCGCGCACGCUGACGUUCGGGCGCCAGGGCGUGAGCCUGGGCCAGUUCUACGACAAGUUCCUCCGCCACACCAAGCUGAACGCCGACUUCGUGCCGUUCAGCACGCUGGACCUGAGCUACCUGCGGGAGGACUCGUACCGGCGCAGCUUCCAGACUGCCGUGUACGCCACCGCCGCCGCCGUCAGCUACGAGGACCUGGUGCAGGGCCGGCUGCAGGGCGCCGGGCCCUUCCGCCUGCAGUACUCCAGCAGGGACGCCUUCAAAAUGCUCGCCAAGAACCUGGGUGUCAUGGACGACCUGAAGUCCGGCGUCCCACGGACGGGCUACCGGGGCGUGGUCAGCUUCUUCUACAAGGGGCGGAGAGUAUACUUGGCCCCUCCUCCAGGGUGGAGCCAGUACGAUCCCAGCUGGAGCUGAUGAGCCUUUCUUGCUAGCCACUCUUACCUUUAGCCUUAAGCUAGCCGCUGCUCUUGCGGAUGACUGCUAGCAUUAGCUGAGUUUGUCGUCGGCCACUGAGUCAGCUGUUCGCGGAGCCACUGUGAUUCUGCUAGCGCACUAAGCCUAUUGUUAGCAUUAGCAGACCUGCUAAUGCUCUGUGCCUGCACUUAGCUGCUUUAGCUUUUUGCUGAUCUCAGUAAACCUAUCACCGUUAGCUUUAGCAAUAUCGGCAUUGCUUUGUUUGUGCUUUUUUUGUUGUUGUUGCUCAUUUAGCUAACUGCUAGCUAACGGACCGUAAAAAUGAAAAUGAAUGUAAUGAAAAUGAAUCUUCAGAAUGGAUGCUAACACCAAAGAUGCUACCUACUGCAGUACAAAUGGUUUUGUUAGCUUAAUUUAUGUUUAGCGUCAUGCUGCUUGUUAUGUAAUAUAACUAGCAUGAUUGCACACUGCUUUGUUUCUGUUAAUGAGAUAACUGCUAACAUCUUCCAGAGUAACAACUUGAUCAAAACGUUCUCUAAGAGAUUCAGGUGUCCGCGCUCGAUGACGCUAACAUAAUGUUAGCAGCAACCGGUGCAGCGUGUCUAAAUGUGAACGCUAACAGGAGGAUCUAAUGGCAUGUCGUCCGAGCUUUUCUCAAAAACAUUCAGGUUAAAAGCGGUGGUGGAAACUUCAGGAACUGCCUAGCUGUUAGCAUGCUAAAUACGCUCUGACAGGAAGUUCUCUCUCUUGCUCUUGCUCUCUCUCAUCCAGUAAUGAAUGUCCACUUCUCGCCGUGUGAUGGCGUUCCUCCAGCCUUUCAUUUCCUGUGUUAGUUUACAUGUUUUGAAGCUAGCGGUGAGGCUAACAGGCUCAACGGGCCGCGGGUCGCCCUCCUGCACCGUCCGCCGGUGAGCCUCUGCAGAUCCCUCUCAGGUCUUCUUCCUGCUUCGGUUCCCCGCUCUCCCGGGGCAGACCGGACGCUGGUUCUCCGACUUGCUGAUGAACAUGACCUCUGACCUCUCCGAGCUGUUGACUGCUCGUCUCGGCACGAUAAUCUGUUUUUCUACAAAGAUCUCUUCUACCUGCUUGGAUUUGAUAUGUGAUCAUUUGUUUGGUUCUAUGAUUUGUAGCUCCAUGUGGGGAUAUUUGAUUAUUUUUGCAAUAAAAUAAUUCACAGUUCUAUUCUGAA